CUACUGUCCAACCAUAGACCUUGCUGCUUUUUACAUGCUGGGUACAACUUCACUUUUUUUUUUUUCUCUCUCCCUCUUUCUCUCUUACUCUUUCCACAUCAUGUAAUUUCACCACAAAGGAGCCGAGGAGCUCAGGUUCAAAUAAGGCUGUCAGGAAGAAACCGAGAGGCAGAGAGGAAAAAGAUGGGCUCUGGAUCCAGGGAUGAGAUUCGGGAUAGCCUGUUCCAAGGCAGCAGGUAACGUCCUGCCCUGCUGAACAGCAAGGACAUGCUAGGACAAUAAAACAGACUGCACAACGUUACUGCAAAGAAGAAGGAAAAAAAAAAACACGACAGAUUUUUUAAAUAUUUAUAUUAUAUAUUAUUUUUUUUACUGGAGAAUCUUUGGGACAGCAGAGUUUACUAGAAGAAGCGAACACGUUUUUUUCAGAAGUCAUCAUCAAGGGAUAUCAGUGAUCCUGGACAGGAUUGAGAAGAAGAUAAUUCCCAGCGUUUGAAAUUUUCACUUACAAACGAAGGACAAUGACAUCUCUGAACGUGGUCCCUCUGUUACUCCUUGUGGUUCUGGGGGUCACUUAUGGUGGCAGCACUCAAGAAUUUCAGAACAGUGAGGGCUCGGAGCCAGAAUUUAUCUAUAUGAACAGAGAGAGGCGGGCGGCAGAAUCCUCGGAUAAAUGCAGCUACACCUUCAUCGUCCCCCAGCAGAAAGUCACCGGGGCCAUUUGCGUGAACUCCAAAGAGCAGGAGACGGCGUUCGAGAGCCGACUGCACAAACAAGAGAUAGAACUUUUGAACACUGAACUUCUCAAGCAGAAGAGACAGAUCGAAACCUUGCAGCAGCUGGUGGAGGUGGACGGGGGCAUUGUGAACGAGGUCAAACUCUUGCGGAAAGAGAGUCGGAACAUGAACUCGAGGGUGACCCAGCUCUACAUGCAGCUGCUGCAUGAGAUUAUCCGGAAAAGGGACAACGCGCUGGAGCUCUCCCAGCUAGAGAACAAGGUUCUGAACCAAACCACAGAAAUGCUACAACUCACUAAUAAGUAUAAGGAUUUAGAGCACAAAUACCAGCAUUUGGCCUCUUUAGCGAGUAACCAGUCUAUUGUCAUUGCACAACUUGAAGAACAAUGUCAAAAAAUGCCGCAAUCUCGGCCCAUACCACAACCGCCCCAGCAGCCACACCGGGUGCAUCCGCCUCCCAACUAUAACCGCAUUAACCAAAUAUCUACCAACGAGAUACAGGGAGACCAAAACCUAAAGGUGCUUCCACCUCCUCUGCCUACAAUGCCAGUUGUGACCAGCCUACCAACCUCUACUGACAAACCUUCAGGCCCAUGGAAAGACUGUCUACAAGCGCUGGAAGAUGGGCAUGACACAAGUGGCAUCUAUUUGGUAAAACCGGAAAACACCAACAGAUUGAUGCAAGUGUGGUGUGACCAGAGACAUGACCCUGGUGGCUGGACCGUCAUCCAGAGAAGAGUCGAUGGGUCAGUCAACUUCUUCAGAAACUGGGAGACGUAUAAACAAGGAUUCGGUAACAUCGAUGGAGAAUACUGGCUGGGACUUGAAAAUAUCUACUGGCUAACGAAUCAAGCCAAUUACAAGUUAUUAGUCACCUUGGAGGACUGGCAAGGACGCAAGGUCUUCGCAGAGUAUGCCAGCUUUCGUCUGGAACCAGAAAGUGAAUUUUACAAGCUGAGGUUGGGACGGUAUGAUGGCAAUGCCGGAGAUUCCUUCACCUGGCACAACGGCAAGCAGUUCACUACCUUGGAUAGAGACCAUGAUGUAUACACAGGUAACUGUGCCCACUACCAGAAAGGUGGAUGGUGGUAUAACGCCUGCGCUCACUCCAACCUCAAUGGAGUCUGGUACAGGGGAGGACAUUACCGCAGCCGCUAUCAAGAUGGCGUUUACUGGGCCGAGUUUCGAGGCGGUUCAUACGCAUUAAAGAAGGUUGUUAUGAUGAUCAGGCCAAAUCCCAACACUUUCCAUUGAAAAGGUUAAAAACAAAGACUCGUUCCACCAUUGGAAACGUCGUACUGUAGUCAUUUCCCUUGUAGAAUCGGAGAUCGCAACGACAGACACAUAGACUGAACUGUCCGCCAGUACUGUAAGAUGAUGUACAAAUAUCUAUUCAAUGCUAUGACCUCUUUUUAUAAACCAGUACUUUCAUGGGAGCGUUCAUAAGUCUUACCAAAUACGUUGGGAGUACCGAAAACUUUGUCGCCCGGGAUUCCACGGACUUUUAAUUUUUUUUGCCUU